CAAUCCAGUCCUUGCUCUAAUAGCCCAGAACCCAAUUUCCAAACACACAAGCCCCCCCAUCGGCAAUCAUUCCAGAUCCCCACCUUCCAUUUUUCUUUCGCCGCUUCCUGCAAAACCUUACGCCGAUCGGAAACUCAACCUCCAGAUCCCCAUCUUUCUUCUUCGCCGCUAACUCCAAAAGCUUACGCAGAUCUACAACGAAACCACCAACACAACUUUCGAAACACGCUGCCACAUAUCCACAAACUCCACCACAACCGAUCAUUGUUUUCGAGCUAUCAGGCGGCUUCUAUGUUGGCCGAUCAGUGUUUCAAGUGAAAGAAAAGCGGAACACUCAAACAGCUACGCAAGACUAACCAAACGCAGAAGGCGGCGAAAGGAAGGAGAAGACUGAGGCGUGAAAGGCGCUCGCCUCUCGGAACCUCAAAAGGCGCCUAAAAGCGUGAAAAAGCACUCGCCUCUCAGAACCUGCGCCGCCUAGAUGGAACAUUCUUGGCCGAAUUGAAAUGGUGAAAAAUGUGCCGUACGAUUGCAGCACCACUCAAAGGUCGGUUGCCAAGCAUAUGCUCAAAAGCUGCAAUCCCAUCCGCUCCGGUAUUAUUCUCCACCGCCACCACCACCAUCCUAUUCCGACCACAACAUUGCUGCACUCGAGCGGCCAUGACCACCAAUCCGAGCUCAAGCGCCGCCGAUUUAGACGCGGUCUUCGCUCAGAAGAAGGCCCUUCGAUCCAAACUCAAAAGAGAUCUAAAGUCCAUGGAUCCCUCCCUCAGGUCCCAAGAAGAUGAAGAAAUACAGAACGCAAUACUUAAAGCUCCUUGGUUCAGAGAUUGUAAGAGGCUUUGUGCUUAUAUCAGCUGUAGCGCUCUUAGAGAAGUUGAUACUUCAACGAUACUGUCAGAAAUUCUUCAGUCUCAGAGGAAAGAUCAAAAGAAGCUCUAUGUUCCACGUGUGGAAGAUAGUAACAGAAAUAUGCGAAUGCUGAACAUCUCAAGCACUCAAGAUUUAAUAGCGAAUUCAAUGAACAUUUUGGAACCGGGUCUGAUCGAUGAUGAGGGAAAUCAACGCGAAGAUGUGUUGUUGGCUAAUCAACCUGUUGACUUGCUCCUUUUACCUGGACUUGGAUUUGAUAAAGCUGGAAGACGUUUAGGCAGGGGUGGAGGCUACUAUGACACUUUCUUGAAAAAAUAUCAAGAACUUGUGAAAGAGAAAAAGUGGAAGCACCCUCUGAAGGUUGCUUUGUCAUAUUCCGUGCAGAUAUUGGAUACCAUACCUGUUACACCAGAUGAUGUUCUUGUAGAUGCACUCAUAACACCAACUGGUUUUUUUCCUAUUAGUCAAGCUGCCCACGAGUUUUGCCUUUAGAUAAAAAUUAUAGCGGCCCAGGGUUUCCCAGAGCAGGCGUUGUUUGGCACGUUUUUUCAAGGCACUGGCCGUUUAGAUGCACAGCGGCCACAUAGCGCUGUUUCCACAAUUGCUUCAAGUAACAUCAUAAUGUUUUAAGGAGUAUUCCGUAUGAUGCACAUAUUUAGUAAUAUUGUUUAUAUUUUUAUGAGAUACAAUUUUUUGCCCCUUUAAUUUGUUUUUUGUUUUUUUUGUUUCCACAAUGUCUUUAUAACCUUUAAACAAUACUAUGUACUUGUUUUAACUUUUAAGUAAGUAUAUUUUUGAUUGCACUUGUUUCAGU